AUGAUGUGCAUUUUUACUUUCCCCAUUUGCAACAUCACUGGGCCUCUUCCAAUUGUUCACAAGUAUUAUCAGUCUGGAUAUAUCAUCAUUGCUGCCAUUAUUUUUCAGCUCUUUUUCCUUUCACCUGAAAUCACUUUCCAAAGUCUUCCUGCUCAUGAAUUGCUCGAUCAAUAUCUGUUCCUUACUCAUAAUUACCAACACACAUUGGCUCUGGCAUUUGCUAUAAAAGAGAUCAAUGAACAUACUAGAAUUUUACCCAACGUCACCCUUGGUUUCCACAUUGCUACUGACAAUUCUGAGGAAAGCUCAACGUAUCUUUUAGCAAUGGAACUUCUCUCUACCAGAGACAGAUUUAUCCCAAACUACAAGUGUGAUAUCCAGAACAGUGCAGUAGCUGUGAUAGGAGGACCACAGAGAAAGACCUGUCUCAAGAUGGCAAUUAUGCUGUACAACUAUAAAUUUCCGCAGAUCUCAUAUGGAACAGUUCCAUCAAUGAAUAAUGAAGCAGAUGCAGUUUUCUUCAGCUGGAUGUUCCCAAAUGAGAUCUAUCAGUUUAAUGGAAUACUAUAUUUAUUGUUACAUUUUGAAUGGACGUGGGUAGGGAUAGUUUCCAUGGAUGAGGGCAAUAAACAGAAGUUCAUUCAAAAUAGUCUUCCCAUGUUUUCCGAGAAAGGAAUCUGCUUUGACUUUAUAGAAUCUUUCACUAAAAUGAUGUAUGGUAAUGAAGCUGCUGAAAUGAUUGAAGAGGCAGAUAAAUUAUAUCAAGUGAUCAUGAGGAGUACUGUCAGUGCAGUGAUCUUGAAUGGUGAAAUCUGGACCAUAACAACUUUGAGAAUUAUGAUCUACUUGUUAGACUCUGAGGAUAUUCCCAAAGAGAGAAAAACCAAAAUUUGGAUCAUGACAGCUCAGAUGGAAUUCACCUCCAUUCUGAUGCAAAGACAGUUGCCCAUUGAUUUUCUCCAUGGUACACUUUCCUUUGCCAUUCAUUCAAAGGAUGUGAUAGGGUUCCAACAAUUUAUUCAGAACAGAAACCCAAACUUUGAAAAAGAAGAUGGUUUUAUUAGAGAAUUCUGGAAAGAUGCAUUUGAAUGCUCAUUCUCCAGCGAUGUUACAGAUGGGAAUGCUGAAAGGAUCUGCACUGGAGAAGAGAAGCUGGCGACUCUUCCUAAUUCUGUCUUUGAGACCACCAUGAAUGGACAUAGUUACAGCAUCUACAAUGCAGUCUAUGCUGUGGCACAUGCUCUGAAGGCCAUGCGCUCCUCCAAACUCAAAGCGGGCCGAAUAAUUGAUGACAGGAGAUGGAAGCUCUUCCUUCAAUCACCAUGGCAGCACAUCUUGGCUUUAGAAUUUGCAAUCAAGGAAAUCAAUCAGAAUUCCAGGAUCUUGCCUAACAUCACCCUUGGUAUCCAUAUCUUCAAUAGCUAUGCCCUGGCAAGAUAUAUCUAUCUGGCUUCCAUGGAACUUCUUUCUACAAAAGGAGAGUUCAUUCCAAACUACAAGUGUGAUUUCAAGGACAAUGUAAUAUCUGUGAUUGCAGGACAUAAUGCUUACAUUGCUCAGUUCAUGUCAAAUAUUCUAAGCAUUUACAAGAUCCCACAGCUCCUAUAUGGUUCUGCUAUGCAGACAGAUGACAACCUACAAGCUGCUUACUUCCAUCAAUUAUUUCCAGAUGAAGAUCUUCAACUUAUGGGAAUCAUCCAAUUGUUGCUUCACUUCAAAUGGAAAUGGAUUGGCCUCAUUAUACAAAACCCUGAAAGAGGAAAGAGUUUCAUACAGAAUAGGCUUGAUAUGUUUUCAAAGAAAGGCAUCUGUUUUGACUUCAUAGAAGAAAUGCCAAGGGAAACUGUUACCAAUGAAAUUGAGGUUCAACUUAAUGGCUAUUUUAUGAUAUACCGGGUCAUUAUGAGAGGUACUGCCAAUGUUGUGAUCAUAUAUUGUGAAAAUGAGGACAUAACCGCUUUUAGAAUGUUGCCCUUUGUUUCGGAAUUCGUUGACCUGCCAGUGAAGAGAAAAGAUAAAGUUUGGAUAAUGCCAGCACAGAUGGAAUUCACAUCAAUCCCCUUUCAAAGAACCAGAGGCAUGGACUUCAUCCAUGGUGCGCUAUCGUUGGCAGUUUCCUCCAAGGAAAUGUUAGGGUUUCAGAAAUUUAUUCAGAUGAGAAAGCCUUCUUCUUCAGAAGAAGACAGUUUGACCACUCUGUUUUGGGAAUAUGCAUUUGAAUGUUCUUUCCCAAAUGCUAGGUUAGAUGAGGACGAUGACAAUCAAUGCACUGGUGAGGAGUCAUUGGAGACCCUUCCCAAAUGUCUAUUUGAAACUAGUAUAACUGGGCAAAGUUACAGCAUUUACAAUGCUGUCUAUGCAGUGGCCCAUGCUCUGCAAGCCAUGCUUUCAUCUAAGAGCAGAAAAAGAGGAAAUGCUUGGGAACUCAAGACUCUAAAUCAACAAUCAUGGCAGGUACAGCCAUUUUCUCUGUGCAAUCCUCCAUGCUUAUCAGGUUGGAGCAAAAUCAAAAUUGAAGAAAAGCCCUUUUGCUGCUUUGAUUGCCUUCCAUGUCCAGAAGGGAAAAUUUCAAACAAGACAGAUGCUGAUGACUGUUUCCCAUGUUCAGAAUAUGAAUAUACGAAUGAACCUCACAAUUUUUGCAUUCCAAAACGCAUCAUAUUUUUGUCUUAUGAGGAAGCUCUGGGAGUUAGCCUGACGACAACUGCUUUCUUCUUUUCUUUCACCUCAGGUUUGGUGCUGCAUAUCUUCAUUAAACACCGAGACACUCCCAUUGUCAAAGCCAACAAUAGAAACCUCACCUACCUUCUUCUCAUUGCUCUCCUGCUCUCCUUCCUUUGCACUUUGUUUUUCAUUGGGGAACCUGACCAAGUAAAGUGUCCCAUGCGACACACUACUUUUGGUAUCAUCUUCUCUGUAGCCCUUUCUUGUAUAUUGGCCAAAACAAUCAUAGUGGUUCUUGCUUUCAUGGCCACCAAGCCAGGCUCCAAAAUGAGGAAAUGGGUGGGGAAAAGGCUGGCCAAUGUUAUCGUUCUUUCUUGCUCCCUAGUGCAAGUCACCAUCAGUAGUAUAUGGUUGGGAAUUUCUCCCCCAUUCCCAGAUUCAGACAUGUAUUCCAUGGCCGAAGAAAUUGUCCUAGAAUGUAAUGAAGGUUCAGCCUUCAUGUUUUAUACUGUCCUUGGUUUUAUGGGGUUUUUGACUGCUAUCAGUUUUACAGUGGCUUUCUUUGCUAGGAAGCUACCUGACAGUUUCAAUGAAGCCAAAUUUAUCACCUUCAGCAUGUUGGUUUUUUGCAGUGUCUGGAUAUCAUUUGUUCCCACCUAUCUCAGCAGCAAGGGGAAGUAUAUGGUGGCUGUGGAGAUCUUCUCUAUUUUGGCUUCUGCAGCUGGAUUACUGUGCUGUAUUUUUGCCCCAAAAUGCUACAUUAUUGUUCUGAGACCUAAUCUGAACAGAAAGGAACAGUUGGUAAAGAAACAAAACUGA